AAUAAAGGGUUGUGUGUUUACAGCUGAUUUUUAUAAAUUGAAAUAGACUCUUAUUCAAAUUUUCAUCAUAAAAUGAAAUAAACUAGUGAAUAAUAUUAUCUCUUUAAGCUUUCACAUUACCGGACUUCAUCAACCAAGAUGAAUAAAAUCAACAAUGAGGCAAAACCACUGGUGCCCAAUGAGAAGGUCAUGUCUUACGAGGAGAAGUCCGUGGGCUCCACGGCUUUCUUCCAGUGCGAGGCUUGUCCAUACAUGGCGCUGGCUGAGGACGACAUAAAGUUCCACUUGUUCACUGAACACCCAGACUUGGCUAAAAGUAAUGGUCUAGCGGACAACAUUCAAAUUCCUUGUCCAGGUUGCACCAGUGUAUUUGAAGCUGAAGAAACUCUGAGAACGCAUCUGAGGAGCCACCACAAAAUGGGUGUAAAAGAUGUGAAGAAAAUGGUCAAGAGUUUAGUCCAAAUAGCUUUGAAAAAUGCUAAACUAAAAAAGAAGGAAACUAAAACUGAAUCUCCACCUAAAGCCCCAUUAAAAUCAGACAUGUCGGAUGUUAAAAUGCCUCAAGUUAUCGAAAUUAUUCCAGACAUUGUGAAUGCUAAUAGUGAUCUACCUAAAGGUGUGGCUUUUAUAUCAGUUGAUGAACUCAACAAGAUGAGUACCCCUAACUUUGAGAAGGUAGAUCCUAAGGAAAUUAUUCAGGAGGCAAGCAUCAACAUUGUCUAUACCAACGAAGUUUCCACUCAGUAUGUUAAGUUAACAGAUAGUUCAAGUACUCAGUGUAAUGUGAUACAAGUAUCCAAUGUCACUCCAGACUUGAUAUCAUCCAUUCAACCUCAUGUCACAUCAGAUAGCGGUAAACUUGUUGCUCCUUCUAAAGACAGCUUGGAAGCAACUCAACCAACUGAAAAUAAAGAUACAUCUGAGAAAGUUGAUAGUUUAAAAGAUAAGGGGACUUUGUGCUCAGUGGCUGGAUGCCACAUUCGUUUAAAAACUGAUGCAAAACUCGCAUAUCACAGAAAAUGUCACCAAAAUGGAAAAUUGGUGUGUCCAGAGUGUGGCAAAGUCUUACUGGCUGCGGAGGCUUUGCACACCCAUCUGUGGAAGGUGCAUGAAGUGGACAUGGAACUACCCACUUGUGAGAUCUGUGGCUACAAGACAUACAAAAAAUAUAGGCUUCUCAACAUCCACAUGAAAUCUCACAAGAAUGUUCAUGCUCAUAUCUGUCCCAUAUGUUCAAAGGCAUUUAAGAAUAUGAACCAACUAUCUAAACACAAGUUGUAUCACAAGAAGGAAACAAAUCCGGUCCACUGUCCCAUUUGCCAGCUGGCUUUCAACAGCGAGAAGAGGGUGCAGGCCCACGUAGCCACGGUACACGAGAAAGUGAAGCCGUUCAAAUGCCCGGAAUGUAACUAUGCCACAGCUAGAAAUCAUGAAUUAAUACGCCAUUCGCGACUACAUACAGGUGACAAACCAUAUUUAUGCGAUCAAUGCCCUUACAAGUCAGCUGAUCACAACGCGCUGCGGCGCCACAAAAAGAUGCACACAAACGAAGGCAUGUACCAAUGCAAGUUCUGCCCGUACUCGUGCAUACAGUCCACCGUCUUCACGUCCCACAUGAUCUCCAAACAUCCCAACAUAUCCGGGGAUAUUCACCGCUGUCCGUACUGCCAGUUCAAAAGCGUCAACAAAGAUAAGUAUGUCCUACACUUAACUACACACACAGAUAAAGAAGGUAUACAACUGUUAAUAGAAAUGACUCGCAAAGCUAACAAGCCUAGCUGGAACAUCCCAAGUGAAACAGUAGAGAAAUCAGCAAACGAAAGUGAUUCUCAAGAUAAAAACAAAGGGGACAGCCCCAAAACCGUAAACACAAUACCUAUAGAAGUCUACGACUGUGAUAGUCUCUCUGAAAGUAUGCCACAAGAUUACUCGAAAAGCUAUUGUGCUCCUUCAACAAGUGGUAGUGAAACAGCUAAUUAUAAUACUCAAGCAAUGGUUACAGAUUUAAGCAAAGAUGAGAAUAAUUCUGACUGUGGUAUAUCUGAAACUUCAGAUAACACAAUUAUGAAUAGGCAUCAGUUUUCACAGAUUCCAUUGUCUAUGAGCUUUGAACCAAAUUUGCAUGAGUAUUUAAGUACGACUGUGGCAGAGCAAACAUUAUUACAGAACAGUAGUGUGAAUUCUAUACCAAAUAGUGAGUCUUCCAUAGCAAGCAGUAUAAAUAAUAGCAUAAUGAGCAAUUUCCCAAUAAGGUUACCUCAUGUACCACAAAUAUCUGUGUGCAACAGUAGCACCAUGCUCACAUCAGUUGAUAAAAUAUCACUUCCCAUGAUCAAAGUUACCGGUCCGAUCAUAAAACCAACUCAAAUACUGCCGGUACCAUCGUCAAGCAACUCGCCAGUCAAUAUAUCUAACGAACAAGAUGGUGUACCAAGAAAAAAGCCCAAAAUAUCAGUAAAAAGCAAUCUUAUAUUAAAAGGGCCUGACGAAGAAAACAUGUUUCAUUCACAACAGAAAAUGGCUUUCAAAAGAUUGGAGGAUAACGAGAGAUUCGGACUCGGUAACCCUGUGACUUUUAACAAUCUGAUUGCGACACAGUUCAUGCAGUUACAACCAGAACCGGAACUAAGCGAGUCUCCUAGUAAUAUCAUGACAUACCCUCAAGAAACCAUGAUGAGUGACACUGCCCCUACGGAAGAAGCAAACGGCAUGAAUAAUGAAUCCCAAAUGUUCACUUUUAAUCAACAGAGAAAUGUCAAUUCAAUAACGUUACUUCCGCCGCCACAAAAAAUUCAGAACAACGAUCCGAGUUACAUAAAACUUGAAACUACUAUAAAGCAGAAUACGCAGUCGCCUAGCCUAGAAAGAAUGUGCAACGCAAACAUACAAGCUAUGAGCAGAGAAUACAAAGCUUCACCACCCUUAGAAGAUAUACAUAAAAACAUUAAAAACGAGGUUAAAUCCGACUCGUUUUAUAACUUAGCAAUGAACAACAAUGCGGCAAACACACCUAUUUUAGACCAGUAUUUAAUAGAUAAUAUUAUCGGGGAACAAUACUCAGGACAUUUAGACCUCUCUGCGGUAGGUUUACCUGAAGUCUCAGUAGACGACCAACAAAAUGAUGUCAUCGAAAUAGACGAUAAUUCUGACGACAACAAACUACUGCCUCGAUUUGACAUGAAUCUUCUCCCUCUAGAAUCAUUAUAUCUUAUGCACAAUGAUUUUCAUUUCUUAGAAAAUGAUAUUCCAUCGAAUAAUAUACAAGAUGUACCAGUUAAUGAAAUGAAUAGAAUUGUGACUGAAGUUCCUAUUGUGAAUCAAAAAGAAAACAUAGAAUCUGGCUCUCAUGAUAAUAGCAGUAAUGAUUUCCCGAAUUUCAUUCAAGGAAAGAAAGAUCCUAUGAUGAAUACAUCUGUACGAGUGCGUACUAAUAAGAUUAAUGUAAAAAAUAUAGAAUUAAUGAAGAAUUAAUUUAUGUUUAUUAUAAAGGAUAAGAAAAAGACUGUUAAUUAUCAAUUAAAUUUAUUGUUCAUACACUUUAGCCUUGUUUUUCUAAUGGAAUGAUUACAAUUUCAAAUCAAUUU